GCCGGAGCUCCGGUCCUCCGCCCCUCCUCAUCCGCAGCUCCGCGGCUCUCUGACAGCCAGUCCAGCGGGGGAACAGCGGCCCAGCCGCCGGGCUGCAGCGUGAGGAUGAGCGGGGAACACUACCUGGAGCUGAGCGAGGACCCGGUGCAGUUCGAGCACGCGUCCAGCGUCAACAAUGUCUUCUUCGACGAGGCUAACAAGCAGGUGUUUGCGGUGCGUUCAGGUGGAGCCACCGGUGUUGUGGUUAAAGGUCCAGAUGACAAGAGUAGUGUUGCCUUCAGGAUGGACGACAAAGGAGAGGUGAAGUGCAUCAAGUUCUCCAUCGGGAAUAAAAUCCUGGCGGUUCAGAGAACUUCCAAGUCUGUGGAUUUCAUCAACUUCAUCCCCGACUACCCGCACACCGAGUUCACGCAGGAGUGCAAAACGAAAAAUGCAAGCGUUCUGGGUUUCUGUUGGACCAACUGGAACGAGAUCGUCUUCAUCACCGACCAGGGAAUCGAGUUCUACCAGGUGUUUCCAGACAAACGCAGCCUGAAGCUGCUGAAGAGCCAGAGCAUCAACGUGAACUGGUACCAGUACUGUCCGGAGACGGCCGUCAUCCUGCUGUCCACCACGGUGCAGGGCAACGUCCUGCAGCCCUUCGCCUUCAGGAACGGGACCAUGUCCAAGAUGUCCAAGUUCGAGAUCGAGCUGCCGGUCGUCCCCAAACCCGCCAAACUCAGCCUGUCGGAGAGAGACAUCGCCAUGGCAACCAUUUACGGCCAGUUGUACGUCAUGUACCUGAAGCAUCACUCCAGAACGGCCAACAGCCCGAGUGCGGAGGUGGUUCUCUACCAUCUCCCCAGGGAGGGAGCGUGUAAGAAGAGUCACGUGCUGAAGCUGAACACGACGGGGAAGUUCGCCCUGAACAUGGUGGACAACCUGGUGGUGGUCCAUCACCAGAGCUCUCAGACGUCGUUGAUCUUCGACAUCAGGCUGAAGGAGCCCGACUGUGCGGUGAACACACACCAGCCCGUCCUGCCCGCCCGCUCCAUCCACCCCUACAGGAUGCCCCUGUCAGGUCCGGCGGUGGUUCCGUCCCAGCCUCCGGUUCCCUGUCAGCUCUACUCUUCCUCCUGGAGCGUCUUCCAGCCCGACAUCAUCAUCAGCGCCAGUGAAGGUUACCUGUGGUACCUUCAGGUGAAGCUUCCUCCGACAGUCAACCUGCUGCAGGACAAAGGAAAGCUGAUGGACUUCCUGCUACGGAGGAGAGACUGCAAGAUGGUGAUCCUGUCCGUGUGCUCCCAGAUUCUGGAAGGUGGAGAGAAGGGAAGUCUUCCUGUUGUAGCGACGGUCUUCGACAAACUGAACCAGGUGUACAAAGAGUACCUGGAGGCGGAGCAGAGCUACACGCUGGCCAUGGAGUCUGGUCCGAGUCGAGGCAGCGCCGCCCAGAAACGUCCCGUCAGAACGCAGGCAGUCAUCGACCAGUCCGACAUGUACACUCACGUUCUGUCGUCGUUCACCGAGAAGAAGGGCGUCUCUCAUAAGUUCGUCAUCGCGGUCCUCAUGGAGUACAUCCGGUCCCUGAACCAGCACCAGAUCACCGUGCAGCACUACCUCUACGAGCUGGUGAUCAAAACCCUGGUUCAGCACAACCUGUUCUACAUGCUUCAUCAGUUCCUGCAGUACCACGUCCUCAGUGACUCCAAACCCCUGGCCUGUUUGCUUCUGUCCUUGGAGAGCACCUAUCCUCCUGCACACCAGCUGUCUCUGGACAUGUUGAAGCGUCUGUCGACGGCCAACGAUGAGAUCGUAGAGGUUCUGCUGUCCAAGCAGCAGGUUCUGGGAGCUCUGCGGUUCAUCCGCAGCGUUGGCGGCCAUGACAACGUUUCUGCCCGGAAGUUCCUGGACGCUGCGAGACAGACGGGGGACCAGAUGCUGUUCUACACCGUGUUCAGGUCGUUCCAGCAGAGGAACCAGAGGCUGAGGGGAAGCCCCAGCUUCAACCCCGGUGAGCACUGCGAGGAACACGUGGUUCACUUCAAGCAACUGUUUGGAGAUCAGGCCCUGAUGAAACCUUCCACUGUGUGAUGGAGAUCAAAUCAUUCUGUGUGUGUGUGUGUGUGUGUGUGUGUGUGUGUGCGUGCGCGCGCGCGUGUGCGUGUGUGCGUGCGUGCCAAUCUAACCUGUUAAUUUAAUAUGUCUUUAGGACCAUGUGGAGUUGAACGAGCUGCUCAUAAGACUUUGAGUCAUUUGUUUAAAAAUUCUGUUGAAUGUCACUGAAAAGAUGAAAUUGAUCUGAAAUUGUUCAGUUAAAGAUUAAACUAACCUUUGUUUUCUAACAUUUACAUGCGGUGUUUUAGUUCGUCCACAGUGAAUUAAAUGUGAGUCUGCACUC